AUGGACACCGUGUCAUUGUAUUUCGACCAAUCUAAUGUGGAUGAAUUGGAGGAAAUUCCAGUGGUUAGCUAUACAGAUUUUUAUUCUUACGAGACUGCUUACAUGUGUGGCUGUGUAUGUAGACGAUUUAAUGCCAAUGAAAAAUUUGCAACAAGUCGAUAUGGAUUAUCGUAUGGUUUACUUUUUGAAACAACAUCCACAGAACUUCAGAUUGCUAUUCAUGAUCCGCAAGAGGAACCAAAUAUGGUUAGAGGUGGUAGAACUGUGAGAAAUGGUACUAUAACAUUUAUAGAAAUUCACAGGAGAGAGUAUGUAUCUUUAGCGAGUCCAUACGUAGCAUAUGGAGAUCAGAUAUGUAGAGACAACACUGAUUACAGCUUCGUUGAUUGUAAACGUAACUGUUAUAACGAAUUAUUAAAGAAGGAGUGUAGUUGCACGAUGGAUCCUUCUGCAACAGGGGCAGCGACAGAAUCGUCAACAAUAUGUGUCUGUCCUCCAGAAUGCAAGUUCAUAAAAUAUGAUCAAGUACUGUCAUCCGUAGCUAACAUACAAGAUGGAUAUGAACGCUAUCUGAACAUUAGGAUUUAUUUCAAAGACUUAUCAACUACAGUAACAGAACAGGUUCCAAAAUAUGACGGUCUGUCUUCUUUAUUAGCGAACCUUGGUGGACAGAUGGGUUUAUUUCUUGGUGCCAGUCUCCUUACCAUCACAGAGUUGUUGGAAUUUAUCAUCUUUAUCAUAUGGACUGUUAUUCAACGUCGUAAGAACAGAAAUAAUAUUGUUGAGAAUAUGUAUUAA